UUUCCCGCCAUAUCAAACAUACCUUUCCUUUCUCCUUUCCUUCCUUCAUUAUAAAAUAGACUGAUACUCGCUCUCUCUCUCUCUCUCUCUCUCUCGUUAGUUUAGGGUUUACAUUGAGGGGCAAUGUCGUCACGUCGUCGGAGCAACGGCGCGUCCCCGUUGAUCAACCCACAGCGUCAAAUCACUUCCUUCUUCACCAAAGCCACUACUUCUCCUUCUCCAUCUCCAAUCCCUAAAUCCAAUCCCAGCCACAGCCCCACCACUCCUUCGCCACUCCAACCCAAGUCCAAUCAGAGGGAGGAGGUCGUCGGGAAGAGGAUCAAGGUGUUCUGGCCCACUGACAAGGCCUGGUACGUAGGCUCUGUCAAGUUGUUCGAUAAACAGACUGGAAGGCACUUAGUCCAGUACGACGAUGGGGACGAAGAAACCUUGGAUUUGUCAAUCGAGAAAUUCGAGUGGCUUCAGAACAACACUGUCUCCACCUUGAAGCGCUUGCGCCGAGGUCCUCUGCCGCCGGCUCCACCCGAGGCGGAGGAGGAGAGUCAUAGUGACGAUGAUUCUGGCGAUGAGGACUGGAAUAAGGAAGUGGUCGAGGAGGAGGAGGAGGUUUUGGAAUUGGAGGAUGAGGAUGAUAGUGAUGAGGGACUGCCCAACUCCAAAGGGAGGCGCGGCGGCUCCUCCGGUAAGCGAAAGUUGAGUGGUGGGGGGAAUUCGGGGUCGGCUAAGAAGACCAAGACUGGUGGUUUGAUCGACCCUGCUACUAAUGCUGAGAGUACAAAAGCGAUUAAUAUCGGUGAUGCCUCAGAAAGGUUUAGCAUGCGUGAAGCUGAGAAGUUCCAUUUCCUUGGGGAAAAACGCAGGGAUGCCAAUAAAAGAUGUCCCGGGGAUGCAAAUUAUGAUUCAAGAACUCUGUAUCUACCUCCUGUUUUCUUAAAGAGUUUAUCAGGUGGCCAGAGACAAUGGUGGGAGUUUAAGUCAAAGCACAUGGACAAAGUUCUCUUUUUCAAGAUGGGCAAGUUCUAUGAACUUUAUGAAAUGGAUGCACAUAUAGGAGCAAAAGAACUUAAUCUUCAAUAUAUGAAGGGCGAGCAACCCCAUUGUGGAUUUCCAGAGAAGAACUUUUCAAUGAAUGUGGAGAAACUGGCAAGGAAGGGUUAUCGAGUUCUUGUUGUAGAGCAGACAGAAACACCUGAACAGAUGGAGCUUCGUCGCAAAGAGGGUGGCUCAAAAGACAAGGUUGUAAAGCGUGAAGUAUGUGCAGUAGUUACAAAAGGAACACUAACUGAGGGAGAGAUGUUGUCCGCAAACCCUGAUGCUUCUUAUCUAAUGGCAGUGACUGAAACCUCUCAAAAUUUCGCAAACCAAAAUGCUGAGCGUGUUUUUGGAGUUUGUGUGGUCGAUGUUGCUACGAGCAGGGUUAUUCUCGGACAGUUCCCAGAUGAUUUAGAGUGCAGUGCAUUGUCUUGUCUCUUGUCUGAAUUGAGGCCCGUGGAACUAGUAAAACCUGCAGAGCUACUUAGUCCUGAGACAGAAAAAGUACUGUUGAGGCAUACAAGAAAUCCAUUAGUGAACGAGUUAGUUCCACUUUUGGAAUUCUGGGAUGCUGACAGAACUGUUUCUGAAGUGAAAAGUAUCUAUAGCCGUGCAGAUGAUUCUCAUAUGGGAGUAGAUGGCUCGGGCUGCCUGCCAGAUGUGUUGUCUCAGCUCGCGGGAGCUGGGGAAAAUGGCAUAUGUGCACUUUCAGCUCUUGGAGGUGCUCUUUUCUACUUGAAGCAGGCUUUUCUAGAAGAGGCAUUGCUAAGGUUCGCAAAAUAUGAGUUACUUCCAAGUUCUGGUUUUGGUGGUAUCAUUUCAAAACCGUACAUGGUUCUCGAUGCAGCUGCUUUAGAAAACCUCGAGAUUUUUGAGAACAGCAGAAAUGGAGACUCUUCAGGAACUAUGUACGCACAACUGAAUCACUGUGUGACCGCAUUUGGGAAGAGAUUGCUUAAGACAUGGCUUGCAAGACCUCUGUAUCAUGUAGAGUCAAUUAAAGAACGCCAGGAUGCCGUCUCAAGUUUACAGGGAAUCAACCUUCCUCAUGUCCUUGAGUUUCGAAAAGUAAUGGCUAGGCUUCCAGACAUGGAGCGUUCGCUUGCACGGGUCUUCGCUAGCAGUAAAGCUAGUGGAAGGAAUGCUGACAAAGUGGUUUUAUACGAGGAUGCCGCCAAAAAACAGCUCCAGGAGUUUAUUUCAGCUUUACGCGGUUGUGACUUAAUGGCAACAACAAUUUGCUCUCUUGGUGCCAACUUGGAAAAUGUUGAAUCUUGUCAACUUCAUCAUUUGCUGACACCUGGUAAAGGUCUUCCUAAUGUCAACUCAGUUUUAAACCACUUCAAGGAUGGCUUUGAUUGGGUAGAAGCCAAUAGUUCUGGUCGUAUAAUACCUCAUGAAGGAGUUGACACUGAAUACGACUCUGCAUGUGGAAAAGUGAAAGAGAUCGAGUCCCAUUUAACCAAGUACCUUAAGGAACAGAGGAAAAUGUUGGGAGAUAAAUCGAUCACUUAUGUUACAGUUGGAAAAGAUGCGUAUUUAUUGGAAGUUCCAGAAAGUUUGCGUGGCAAUAUACCUCAGGAUUAUGAAUUGCGUUCAUCCAAAAAGGGUUUCUUUAGGUACUGGUCACCAAGUAUUAAGAAGUCCUUGACAGAGCUCGCACAAGCUGAAUCUGAAAGGGAGUCCUCACUUAAAAGCAUUUUGCAGAGGCUAAUUAGACAAUUCUGCGAGCAUCAUAUUAAGUGGAGUCAGUUGGUCUCUGUGACUGCUGAAUUGGAUGUCUUAAUCAGUCUAGCAAUUGCAAGUGAUUAUUAUGAGGGACCCACCUGUCGGCCUGUUAUCAGGAGUUCAUCAGAUACAAACGAAGUACCCCUCUUCUCUGCAAAUAGUUUGGGACAUCCUGUUAUAAAAAGUGAUUCCUUAGGAAAAGGUACAUUUGUCCCCAAUGAUAUUACUCUUGGAGGUACUGGUCAUGCAAGCUUUAUUCUUCUUACUGGCCCCAACAUGGGUGGGAAGUCAACUCUGCUUCGCCAAGUUUGCUUGGCUGUGAUUUUAGCUCAGUUAGGAGCAGAUGUGCCUGCAGAGAGCUUUGAGCUGUCUCCGGUCGAUCGAAUCUUUGUUCGGAUGGGUGCAAAAGAUCAUAUCAUGGUAGGCCAAAGUACGUUUCUCACGGAGCUUUCAGAAACUGCAACAAUGCUGUCAUCUGCUACUUGUAACUCAUUGGUAGCACUUGAUGAACUUGGACGAGGAACGUCAACUUCGGAUGGACAAGCCAUUGCGCAAUCAGUUCUUGAACAUUUUGUCCACAAGGUUCACUGUCGAGGAUUGUUUUCUACUCAUUAUCACAGACUAGCUGUUGAUUAUCAAAAUAAUUCUCAGGUUUCACUCUGCCAUAUGGCAUGCCAAGUUGGAAAUGGAGAUGGAGGUGUGGAAGAAGUGACAUUUCUUUAUAGGUUGACUCCCGGUGCGUGUCCCAAAAGCUAUGGUGUCAACGUCGCCCGGUUAGCUGGAAUUCCUAUUUCUGUACUUCAAAAAGCUGCUGCUAAGUCUAGGGAAUUUGAAGCUGCAUAUGGGAAACACUUUAAACAACCCGAAGGUAGCUUUCUCUUUCAAAGUCCAUUUGACAAGAUGAUUGAGUGCAUCCAAAAGUUUUCCAACACCUUGGCAAAGUUGACUAGUCACGAAUCUACUGAGGGCAUUGACAUUGACUCCCUGACUGAAGUUUGGCAUAAUGCAAGAUCGCUUGAGCAACAAAGUUGAGAUGGUGCACUUUUUGUACUCUCCAAGUCAGGUAUUUAGAUAUUGGCCCUCCAUGUGUAAUUGACAACACUUCCUUCACUACUUGGUAGCUAUAUGCAAAUUGUCUUACCAGCUCAUGUGUUGGAGUGCAAGUUCACUCAUUUUUGAUAGAAUGUUCAACUAGAAGAAAGAAUGCAGAUGAUCUGCCUUUGCUAGUUGGAUCGACCAACUCCUUAGCUUCCAAGUUUACCACAAAAUUUUAUGUAGAUGUGAGAAGAAAGUAGCUAUCCUUCUCUUUAAGUGUAAAUGAUAGUUGUUCAAUGUAGUGGUUUAAAUUUCUAGAGCCAGGUUGAGGCCGAAGGUUGUUAAUUAAUUAUCAAGGUGAAUGAAUGCAAUUGGUAAAUUAGAGCUUGUUC